AUGAUUGAAAUUGCAAAGAGUAGCAUGAUGUUUCUCAUUGAUAGAGAUUCUCACACGAAACAAGUAUUUAGAAGGGGUAUUUGGUGUGGGGGAAAGAAAGAAAGAAAGAGGGAUGAAAAUGUACAUCAGUACUUGGAUCAAGUGCUCAACAUGAAUGCCAAGUCGAAAAGUGCAGGCACCAUGGCCCUGCCAUCCGGUUCCCCUUCAGGCUUCAAGACCGCCACCAACAGCACUGUGGCUACCCUGGUGAAGGCGUCAAUCAAGGACUCUAACCUUCCAUUUUCGGUUCAGUUUUCCAUUAAAGAAAUCGAUUACAAAAGUCAAUCAAUCGAGAUAUCUCAUGUUGGCUGCCUUCCAGGAUUGCUUCCAAUUAUAAAGUUGUCCGCAUCUCCAUUCCAAUUCCAACGUGCUAUGAACUUCACUAUUUUCAACUGUUCCAAAAUCGAGAGAAAUAAUCUUUAUUAUCCAAUCCUUGUACCCAGCCUCAGCAGUAGGGAUUAUGCUGUUUAUGCAUAUCCUUCGUUCUAUUCCCUAUAUGAAAUGCCCCUCCAUUCCUGCAGCAAGAUAUUGAAGAAUGACAGUUCGAUCUUGCAUGAUACUGAAUGCUACAGCAGCAAACCAGAAGGGUCAGUGCCAAAACUAAGAAUUGCAGGUGAAGUACUUGGUCUUUUGCUUGCUGUGUUCCUUGCUAUCGCAUCAUAUUGGAUUUAUAGCUCAAUCAAACUGACGAAAGAGAGUGAAUUGAAAAUUGAGCAAUUCUUGUGGUAUCCAGUUGAGCGACCCUCCAUGAAAGUUGCAAUUCAAAUGCUUGAAUCAGAAGAAACUCCUUCCAUGCCCCGUAACCCAUUUACUUCCACGAAUGGAACACAGAAUGCAACAAAUGCACUUGGAAGAAUAUUCAACAGCGAACUUGAAAUCAUUUCAGAAUCCGAGUGA